UUUGACCCCUCAUUCUCGGAAAUGCGCACGCGCAGAGCUAGUUGCUAAAGUUUUUCCGUGUGGGUCUCUGAUGUCACUCAAGGGCCAGCUUGGGACUAAACCAAUCCUCCAAGAGAGGGGGUUCAGAAGCAGCGGACGCCGGGUAUUUGCUCCCCGUAGGCAGGGUGGUGGACUCUCCAGGGAGGGCGGGCUCGUUGCUCUCACUCUUUCCUCAGCGUCGCCUUCAGUUCGCUCAGUGAUGGGGCGGGAUCAGCCGGGCCCGCCCCUCCUCGCGCUCCAUCUGUCCUCCCAAGGAUUUUGGAAGUUGGUAUGUGCCGGCAGCGCGCGGGAGGCUUGAACAGCUGGUCUCGGGCGCGCGCGCCGCAGCCCUGCCGGCAGAUCUCUAGUCCUAUCCGGCAGGCCCAGCCAUGGAGAAGGAGCGAGAGGAGCAGCAGCAGCAGCUCCGGGCCCUGCGGGCUGAGAUCGCGGCGCUGCAGCGGCGCCUGGAGCAGACGCAUCCCGCCGCCGCCCUGGACCCGGAGCGGGACCCAGAGCUGGAGAGACGGCGUCCUGCUGGCGGCAGGGAGUCUGCGGGGGACCUGGAAGGCCAGCUGGGGCGCGCGGAAUCCGGCCUUUCCUUCCUCUCCCGGCUCACUGGCAUCAGCAUCGCGGACUACUCCAUGGCCAGAGCACAGCUUCCAGGGAGCGGCGGGAGCGCCGGGGAGAAUGGCCUGAGAGUCCUGCGAAAGGGCCGCCUGGCAGGGCAGUGCCAUGCUGUUCCCUUCCAGCUGGAGUUCCAGCUUCUGGAAAUGCAGAGUGAAGAGAGCUCCUCGGCCGCCAUUACAGACCUUAGCAUCGUCCUGGAGCCCAUGGAGUACAGUGCGCUCAGCAGAUUCGUGGCCCGGACCGAAGAGAAACGGGACCUUUUCCUGUUUUUCAGAAGCCUUCACUUUUUUCUGGAGUGGUGUGAAUACCGUCAGCGGACAUUCCAGUACUUCAAGCUUAUCACCCGUUGGGCGUGUGUGUGUACGUGUGUGCGCGGCCCGCGCCCAUGCCCAACCACUGCUCUUCUGGGCCUCCUUUUCACCUGGAGGAAUCUCCUUCCCUGGUCAGUCAUCGAUCAGCAGGUGUUCUAAGCAUGUCCUUUGUGCCGGGCCCUGUGCUAAAGCGCCCUCCUCCCUGCCCUGGAGGGGCUUACUUUCUGGGGAGGGAGCUGGGGGAGGAACCAUAUCCAUACACAGGUAUAGACAAAGAGGCUUUGCUUCCCCAUUGGCUGCUUGGGUCACUUCAUCCUGCAGGACCUUUUGGAAAUACAGUCAGACAAGACCCAAGCCCACGUGAAU